AUGUCGACUACCUCUCCCUUCGAAUUCUCCAAUUUACCCACCGAUACACUUGGGAAAAUCAUUGAGAAAUGUGAAUUGAAAGAGCAAUUGACUCUCCGAAAAGUGUCGAAAGACCUGCGUUCUCUUGUCGAUAAACAGAACAUUGCAUACAAAUCGAUCGAGAUCUAUCUGUCAGAUUUGUAUAUCUCUUGUGUGUACAACAGAGAAAAGGUUGUGUAUGCAGGCAUGAACUUUGAUGAGAAGAAUGCAUUUGGUCUCGAUUAUGGCGGAUGCAUUAUCAGAAGCAACGAUUACCUGAAAAUCGCUUUGAAUGAUUUGUCGAUUGCACUGAAAAAUCCAAAAUUGCGAUUGAAUGUGCUGACAGUCAGCUAUUACUACAAUGAUGUAAUGAAUCCAUUCAGUUUGAAGAACCUUCUGAAACAUUCGAAUCACAAAUUACACGUCAAAACAUUGACAUUCCGUGCGGGAUCCUCUGAAUGUCUUCUAUCGAUUCUUCCAUUUUUCAAACCGAAGGUGCUUGUGAAUAUCGAAAUUGACGGAGUAUACGAUGGGGACGAUUGGGCACUGGAAAAAGUCAGACAAGUCGCAAGUCUGAAUCAAUGGAAGCAAGCGGAACAACUCACUGCUCGAUUCUCUUUCCAUUCCUUCCCAUCCGAAUUUCUCAUGCAUUUCAAACGUUUUGUGAUCUUAGAUUGGGAAGUCGACGAGUUUUUCUUGCUAUUCUCCACGUCUACCAACUUCGAGUCAUGCACUAUCGAAACAUUUGGUCUCGAGGACUGCUCUGAUUACCUAGAAUCGUUUUGUGAACAAGUCGACACCGAAGAUCUAUCCGCACUCCUCUACCACUACAAGAUUCCUGACGAUUCAAACCAGAUGUUGGAGUUCAAAUUGGACUAUAAUCAACAGAAAAUUAUAAUUUUGAAGAAGAAUUUGUAA